AUGGGUCCCCUGGUGCUGCUGCUGCUGGUGGUGGUGGAUCGGGCCCUGGCCGCCCCCCUGGGCAAGGAGCUCUGCCCGAUGCCCCCCGGCGCCUUGCGAGCUCUAUCCAGCCGUGGGACGCUGGUGCUGGAAGCCGCCAUGAAGAGUGCCCUGCUGUCCCUGGAAGGGGCGCUGUUGGAGCAUGCACGACGCCUGCAGGAAUGUGAGGAGUGCGUGCUCUGCCUCUUUGGGAACUGUGGCAAUUGGACCAAGCAAUGUGUCUCCUCGGAAUUGCCCCUGGGCUCCCUGCCCAGCUGUGAAGCCGUCCUGCAAGCCCAGGCCAUCCCUGAGCAGCCUGCCCAGAACUGGGCCCUCAGCAAAGCGUGUGCUCCAUACCGACGCCUCUGCUCAGGCCAGGAAAUGUCCCCUGACAGCUGUAUACGCCUCAUGGUCAGCCAUUGCCAGCUCCGCCUGCAGGAAUGCCGGCUGGAAAGCGACAUGGACUAUUUGAACACAGUGGCAGACCAGUCAGAUCCAGGGCUGUGCGGGCACCGCGGGGUGCCAGCUCCCAAUGCGACGAUGGCAAAGGCAAAGAUCGUGGGAGGCAGCAAAGCCUGGCCUGGCGCAUGGCCUUGGCUGGUGUCUGUUCGGCUCAACGGAGAGCUGAUGUGCGGUGGGGUGCUAGUGGGGGAUACUUGGGUCCUCACAGCAGCCCACUGCUUCACAGGAAGCAGAAACGAACUGGCCUGGUCAGUGGUCCUGGGCGAUUAUGACCUGACAAAGCUGGAUGAAGGGGAGCGGGUUGUUCCGGUCAGCCGCAUCCUUUCCCACCCCAAGUUCAACCCCAAGACCUUCCACAACGAUGUGGCUCUGUUGGAACUCAGCAGCCCCGUGACCCUGUCGGCCUGGGUGACUCCAGUGUGCCUUCCUGAGCGACCCAUGGAACUGGGCACAGGGAUGCCCUGCUAUAUCAUUGGCUGGGGAUCGCUCUAUGAAGAUGGUCCAGGAGCUGAUGUAGUCAUGGAAGCCCAGGUUCCCAUCCUAGCCCAAGACAUCUGCCGUGGGGCGCUGGGGCGCCAGCUCUUCACCAGCGCCAUGUUCUGCGCUGGGUUCCUCUCUGGGGGUGUCGACUCUUGUCAGGCAUCUGUUUGGCCACUGUGA